UGAAUCCUUUCAGUCUGGUGCUGGUUGAUCCUCGGUCCGUUUGGAGCCGGUGUGUCUGCAGCAGCACCGACAUGCACACGGUGUCUCCGUGAGUCCGACCCGGGGGGAGUGAUGGGAUUGUGGGGCUGACUGCUGCAGAAACUUGGGCUGUGGAGGACUUGUGUUUGCUCUGUUUUCCUGCUGUUUAAAGCUGAUAACAACCGAACACAGAGUGUGAGAGAUCCCUGAGCUUCAGUCAUGACAUGAGGCCAGAUGGAGAAACGCCUGAGACCGUCUGUCGCUUCAAUCCUCCCCCGAUCAGCACUGACGCUUAGUGCGUUAAUUCCGGAGCCUGGUCAGAGCUGCUUCAUUUGGAGAAGUUGUGCUAAUAUGCAGCUAAAGUGCUGUGUCUAGAUAUCAGUGAAUCAACUGAACUCUUACUAUCACUCUGGAGUUUUUUAAGUGUUUACCAGCUUUAUCAUUUUGUUUUAUUGUUUUAUUUUUUCCUUUAUUUAACCAGGAAGACACAGUAUCUCUUCCUUCAGGGAGAGCUGGUUCAAGGUGAGCAGCAGUGAGACGAUGAUCUUCCCCUGAUGUCACAGAAGCCCAGAGGACUCGACCGAAAGCUGAUGUCUCCAGGGUUGUGUGCGUUGUGGUUGUGUCGCCUCUUGUUCUUAGCAUGACUCUGUUUCCUGCUGACAACCUGCUGUGUCUCGGUCUCUCCAUCACUGUGUGGUUCGGUCUCCUCUUCGUCCUCAUGAUCGUGCCGUCUGUACUCGGAGUCUCCUUCGGUUUGCGCAGACUCUACAUGAGGACACUUCUCAGGAUCUUUGAGUGGGCGACGAUACGAAUGGAGAUUGAAGCGAAGAAAAAGAAUCAGGAACUCUAUAAACCAUAUAGCACUGGUAUCAUAGCCAAAGAACCACUAUCCUCUUUGCAGCAGGAGAUCCAGGAGCUUCGUGGUUGUCUGCGCUCAGAGGCGGAGUUCGAAAUGACGGACAUCUUCUACUUCUGCCGGAGAGGCGUGGAGAGCAUCGUGGACGAUGAGGUGACCAAGCGCUUUUCAGCCCAGGAACUGGAAAGCUGGAACCUACUGACCCGAAGCAGCUACAACUUCCGUCACAUAAGUCUGAGACUCACAGCCCUGUGGGGCUUGGGGGUCCUCGUCCGCUACGGGGUCCUGCUGCCUCUCAGGGUUACUCUGGCAGUCACUGGCAUUAGUUUGCUCCUAGUCCUGACAACCUUGGUGGCGGUUUUACCAAAUACAGAUGUAAGGUUUUACCUGAGUGAGAAGAUUCAGAUGAUGUGUUACCGCAUCUGUGUCAGAUCUCUCACAGCGAUCAUCACCUAUCACAACAGCGGGAACAAACCUCAGAACGGUGGCAUCUGUGUUGCCAAUCAUACAACACCCAUUGAUGUCAUCAUCUUGGCCAAUGAUGGCUGCUACUCUCUGAUUGGCCAGGCUCACAGAGGGUUGAUGGGAAUGAUACAAAGAGCCAUGGGCAGAUCCUCCCAGCACAUCUGGUUUGACAGAUCAGAAGUCAAAGACAGACACCUAGUGGCCAAAAGGCUUGGUGAUCACGUUGCUGAUAAAACCAAACAGCCCAUCCUCAUGUUCCCUGAGGGUACUUGCAUCAAUAACACAUCAGUGAUGAUGUUUAAAAAGGGCAGCUUUGAAAUUGACUGCACUGUUUAUCCAGUUGCCAUCAAGUACGACCCUCGGUUUGGUGACGCUUUCUGGAACAGCAGUAAGUUCGGCCUGGUGACUUAUCUGCUGAGGAUGAUGAGCAGCUGGGCCAUCGUCUGCAGUGUUUGGUAUCUACCACCAAUGAACAGAGAGGAAGGAGAGGACGCAGUGCAGUUUGCAAACAGAGUUAAAGCUGCUAUAGCUGCACAAGGAGGCUUAGUGGAUCUAAUUUGGGACGGAGGCCUGAAACGAGCCAAAGUGAAAGACGCUUAUAAAGAAGAGCAACAGAAGCUCUACAGCAAAGUUCUUGUGGGCGAACAGGACCAGAAGGAUCAGAGCGGUGACAAACAUUUAGAGGAUGAAAAUCCUGAAGAGGAAAGAAAUGACCAAGAUUUAAGAAAAGGACAAUGAUGCCACAAUAAUGUUUACUUUUACUUUGAAAUGGUAAAUGUGAUUUACCAAAAUAAGAAUUUAUUUUCUGGAAUUUUUACCAGGCCAAAGAAAAGCAUUUAAGUGUAUGUUUUGACAUUUAUCUUUUUAUUAGUAUUGCAUUUAUAUUUAUACAUAUUUAUUUCUUGAUUGAUUGAUAAUAUAUGUUAUUUAUUUUAUGUUGUCACCAUAGACUGUAUUUAAAAAUGGACGACGCAUCUCCACUUCCUCCCACUAUCCAGAAAUAAAGCAUAAAAUAUCCUGGAGCUGCAGUAGUGAGGUCCCGCAGAUACACAUGCUCGACCAAUCACAAGUCAGUCUCAGCUGUCAA